AGCGUCUCCCGGACGCCAUGCGGGCCUCUGCCCCCCAGGCCCCGCGGGGCGCCAGUCUGGACGCGGCCACCGAGCUGAUCUUCUACGUGAACGGCCGCAAGGUGACAGAAAAAAAUGUUGAUCCUGAGACAAUGCUCUUACCAUAUCUGAGGAAGAAGCUCCGAUUCACAGGAACAAAGUAUGGCUGUGGAGGCGGGGGCUGUGGUGCCUGCACAGUGAUGAUAUCACGAUAUAACCCCAUCACCAAGAAGAUAAGACAUUAUCCAGCCAAUGCCUGUCUGACCCCCGUCUGCUCUCUGUAUGGAGCUGCCGUCACCACCGUAGAAGGGAUAGGAAGCACCAAGACCAGGAUUCAUCCGGUUCAGGAAAGAAUAGCCAAAUGCCACGGCACCCAGUGCGGGUUCUGCACCCCAGGGAUGGUGAUGUCCAUCUACACCCUGCUGAGGAACCAUCCAGAACCCACGCUGAAUCAGCUAACUGAUGCCCUUGAUGGUAACUUGUGCCGGUGCACUGGAUACAGACCCAUAAUCGAUGCCUGCAAGACUUUCUGUAAAACUUCUGGCUGCUGUCAAAAUAAAGUAAAUGGAGUUUGCUGUUUGGAUCAAGGGAGGAAUGGAUUACCAGAAUUUGAGGAAGGAAAUAAGGUAAGUCCAAAGCUCUUCUCAGAAGAGGAGUUCCUGCCAUUGGAUCCUUCUCAGGAGCUGAUAUUUCCUCCUGAGCUAAUGAUGAUGGCUGAGAAACAACCACCACGGACCAGGGUGUUCCAUGGUGAGAAGAUGAUAUGGAUUUCCCCAGUGACUCUGAAGGAACUUCUAGAAGCUAAAGCCCAGUAUCCUCAGGCCCCUGUUGUCAUGGGGAACACUUCUGUGGGUCCUGACGUGAAAUUUAAAGGUGUCUUUCACCCAGUUGUGAUUUCUCCUGAUAGAAUUGAAGAGUUGAAUGUUGUGGAUUGUGCACAUAAUGGGCUGACCUUAGGUGCCGGCCUCAGCCUGGCUCAAGUGAAGGACAUUCUGGCUGAUGUGAUCACGAAGCUUCCAGAAGAGAAGACACAAACAUUCCGCGCACUCUUGAAGCACUUGGGAACUCUGGCUGGGGCCCAGAUCAGGAACAUGGCUUCCUUAGGGGGCCACAUCAUGAGCAGGCAUCUAGACUCAGAUCUGAAUCCCCUCCUGGCCGUGGGCAACUGUGCCCUCCAUGUGCUAUCAAAAGAAGGAGAACGACAGAUCCCUUUGAACGGGCAGUUUCUCAGGAAGUGCCCCAGUGCAGACCUUAAGCCCGAAGAAAUCUUGAUCUCAGUGAACAUCCCCUACUCCAGGAAGUGGGAAUUUGUGUCAGCUUUCCGACAAGCCCAGCGGCAACAGAAUGCGCUCGCGAUAGUCAACGCGGGAAUGAGAGUAUUUUUUGGAGAUGGAGAAGGCAUCAUUAGAGAGUUGUCCAUUUUCUACGGGGGUGUGGGGCCGACCACCAUCUGUGCAAAGAAUUCCUGCAAGAAACUCACUGGGAGGCCCUGGAAUGAAAAGAUGCUGGAUGAGGCUUGCAGACUACUUCUGGAUGAAGUGUCCCUUCCAGGCUCGGCUCCAGGUGGGAAGGUGGAGUUCAGGAGGACACUCAUUGUCAGCUUUUUCUUCAAGUUCUACCUGGAAGUGUCACAGAUUUUGAAGAGGAUGGACCCCGUUUACUGUCCUAGCCUUGCAGACAAGAAUGAGGACGCUUUAGAAGAUCUUCAUUCCAGACAUCGUGGGCAUCAAUUAAUGUACCAGAAUAUAGACCCAAAGCAGCUUCCUCAGGAUCCAAUUGGCCAACCCAUCAUGCAUCUGUCUGGCAUCAAGCACUCCACAGGGGAAGCCGUGUACUGUGAUGACAUGCCUGCCGUGGACCAGGAGCUUUUCUUGACUCUUGUAACAAGUUCAAGAGCUCAUGCUAAGAUAGUGUCCAUUGAUGUGUCAGAAGCACUCAGCCUGCCCGGUGUGGUGGAUGUCAUUGCUGAGGAACAGCUUGAAGGACUAAACUGCUUCAACUCCUUAACCCAACCGGAGAAACUCCUAGAGACAGAUGAGGUAUCCUGUGUGGGCCAGCUUGUCUGUGCCGUGAUUGCAGAAUCCGAGGUCCAGGCAAAGCGAGCUGCAAAAAAAGUGAAGAUUGUCUACCAAGAUUUGGAGCCUCUGAUCCUAACCAUCGAGGAUGCCAUACAGCACAACUCCUUCUUUGAAGGGGAAAAGAAACUGGAAUGUGGAAAUGUUGAUGAAGCAUUUAAAGUGGCUGAUCAAACUCUUGAAGGUGAAAUACAUAUGGGAGGUCAAGAACACUUUUACAUGGAAACCCAAAGUAUGCUUGUGGUCCCCAAAGGAGAGGAUCAAGAAAUAGAUAUCUAUGUGUCCACACAGUAUCCCAAAUUCAUACAGGACAUGGUUGCUUCAACCUUGAAGAUCCCAGCCAACAAAGUCAUGUGCCAUGUAAAGCGUGUUGGUGGGGCAUUUGGGGGGAAGGUGGUCAAGACCAGCAUUUUAGCAGCCAUCUCAGCAUUUGCUGCCAACAAACAUGGUCGUGCAGUCCGCUGUGUCCUAGAACGAGGAGAGGACAUGCUAAUAACUGGAGGUCGCCACCCUUUCCUUGGAAAGUACAAAGUGAUAGAGCACGGACUUCUGAAACUGGACAAUGCUUACAAGUUCCCAAACCUUCGCUGCCGAGGGCGGGCCUGCAGAACCAACCUUCCAUCCAACACCGCCCUGCGUGGCUUCGGCUUUCCCCAGACCGGCUUCAUCACGGAAUCCUGUAUCAUGGAAGUUGCAGCUAAAUGUGGCUUGUCCCCAGAAGAGGUCCGAAUGAUAAACAUGUACAAGGAGAUUGAUCAAACACCCUACAAACAAGAGAUCAAUGCCAAGAACCUGGUCCAGUGUUGGAAGGAGUGUAUGACUAUGGCUUCUUACUCCUUGAGGAAAGCAGCUGUGGAAAAGUUCAACUCGGAGAAUUACUGGAAGAAGAAAGGGCUGGCCAUGGUCCCCCUGAAGUUUCCUGUUGGUGUUGAAUCCCUUGCCGCUGGUCAGGCUUCAGCCCUGGUGCACAUUUAUCUAGAUGGGUCUGUGCUGGUGACUCACGGUGGAAUUGAAAUGGGGCAGGGGGUCCACACGAAAAUGAUUCAGGUGGUCAGUCGUGAACUAAGGAUGCCACUGUCCAAUGUCCACCUGCGUGGAACAAGCACCGAAACCAUCCCCAAUGCGAAUCCUUCUGGAGGUUCCGUGGUGGCGGAUCUCAAUGGCUUGGCGGUGCAGGACGCUUGUCAAACUCUUCUAAAACGCCUUGAACCCAUCAUCAGCAAGAAUCCUCAAGGCACUUGGAAGGAAUGGGCAGAGGCUGCUUUUAAUGAAAGCAUUAGUCUAACAGCCACUGGAUACUUCAGAACUAUUACAGUGAUCUACGGGAAAACAUUCCAUCCAUACUCAGUCAGAAUCUUCUUUUUCUACCCUCUUUGUCAGAAUCUUGCUCAGAUUGAAGGUGCCUUUAUUCAAGGCAUGGGACUUUACACAAUGGAGGAGCUGAAUUAUUCUCCUCAGGGUGUCCUGUAUACUCGUGGUCCAAACCAGUAUAAAAUCCCUGCAAUCUGCGACAUCCCCACAGAGUUGCAUAUUUCUUUGUUGCCUCCAUCUGAAAACUCAAAUACCCUGUACUCAUCUAAGGGUCUGGGAGAGUCUGGCGUCUUCCUGGGAUGUUCGGUGUUUUUUGCCAUCCAUGACGCCGUAAACGCGGCACGUCGGGAAAGAGGCCUAACUGGGCCCCUGAAGCUCAAUAGUCCGCUCACCCCAGAGAAGAUUAGAAUGGCCUGUGAGGACAAGUUCACAAAAAUGUUUGAGGUGGUGACUCAGAGCCUUUGCCCUCCCCCGACUUGCUCCCCAUUUCUCAUGCUGAAACUCCAGGGCCGUCCCGUGCUGGAACAACCCAGAAUCAUUGCCGUCAGCAUCUCGGGCACAGCCAAGGCGGUCAAGGUGCAGCUGAGUGGUGUAGCCGGUUUUCAGAAUAUUCGUGAUGGCAUCUCGCUGUCAGGGCUGCGCUUAGAUGUGGCCACAGCCAGCCCACGCAGAACGUCCUUGCCACCCGACCCUCCCCACAGACAAGAUGCAGACAAUUCUUCCGGAACCCUGGCUAGACCUAGACAGCACUUCAGAACACGGCAGCCGGGCUCCACCUACCAUUGGAGAAAUAAACCCUUUCUUAAAGGACGAAGGUUUAUCACCACGCAUAAAACUCUGAAAAACCAUCCCUCACCCCAAAGAGUUCCCAAAUACCUUGAGGACAGACUGGAGGAACAGCAGUGUGUGCUCUUCAAGGCCUCCCUGUGCUGCCCUGUCCGGUCCUUCCAGGACUCACAGGCUGCCUCCAUCAGUGAAGGCGGUGCCUUUCAGACACUUGCCCUUGGCUUCCACCAGGAUACCAGCUCGGGGCGGCUGUGGACACGAAUCUGUCAGUCUUGCCUUGCACUUAUCCAGCAGGGCAGACUCCUCAUCGGGACACAAGGAAUGACCUUCCUGGUCUGGGCAGAGGUGGUUCAUGUUCCUGGAAAAACUUUAUAA